CUUUGAACCAUGCCGGAGCUGACUGAAAUCACGGAAAUCGCGGCCGCCGCCUCGAGUGCGACCGGAACCACAGAAGCCAAGCUGGAAGAUGCUCUCAGUGACACAGAGACCGAGGAUUCCAUCCCGGAGCUGGAGGAUGCGGCGGCUGCAACGACACAACUGUCCGCCGGUGAAAUUCCAGACAUCUCGAAAGCGAAACAGUCCCGCGGCGAGAAGAAAGCCCGCAAGAUUAUGUCCAAGCUUGGUCUGAAACCGGUCCAGGGCGUGAACCGAGUAACGAUCCGGAAGUCGAAGAACAUUCUGUUCGUGAUAAACAACCCGGACGUGUACAAGAACCCGCACAGUGACACCUACAUCAUCUUCGGCGAGGCCAAGAUCGAAGAUCUCACCCAGCAGGCCCAGGUGGCUGCGGCCGAAAAGUUCAAGGCCCCCGAAGCGACACCGGCCGCGGGCGAAGCGUCCAGCUCGACGAACGUUGUCACCCCGAUCGCCGAAGAGGAUGAGGAGGAGGUGGACGACACCGGCAUCGACGACAAGGACAUCGAUCUGGUGAUGUCGCAGGCGAAUGUGAAACGUGCUAAGGCCAUCCGAGCGCUGAAAAACAACGAGAAUGAUAUCGUUAACGCGAUCAUGGAACUUACCAUGUAA